GGGCUCACUUAAAAACAGAGUAUUUACAGAAAAACAUCUAAGUGGUUUGAUGUAUGAAUAAUAGAAUGUGUUCUAAAAUUAUUUUUACUUCAGUAAUACUGGUAUGUCUUAUUAUAUCAGAGAUCUGCUCAGCCGCAAAUCGCCAAAUUGUUCUAAACUCUGUAAUAACGGACUAUUUACAAGUAGAACCAAGAGACAAAGGCUAUCUGCAUGUAGAACCAAGAGAUAAAGGAUAUUUACAAGUAGAACCACGAGACAAAGGCUAUUUACAUGUAGAACCAAGAGAUAAAGGUUAUUUACAAGUAGAAGGAAGCGACAAAGGCUAUUUACAAGUAGAACCAAGAGAUAAAGGCUAUUUACAAGUAGAACCACGAGACAAAGGCUAUUUACAUGUAGAAUCAAGAGAUAAAGGAUAUUUACAAGUAGAACCAAGAGACAAAGGCUAUUUACAUGUAGAACCAAGAGAUAAAGGAUAUUUACAAGUAGAACCACGAGACAAAGGCUAUUUACAUGUAGAACCAAGAGAUAAAGGCUAUUUACAUGUAGAACAAAGAGAUAAAGGAUAUUUUCAAGUAGAACCACGAGACAAAAGCUAUUUACAUAUAGAAUCAAGAGACAAAGGCUAUUUACAUGUAAAACCCAGAGAUAAAGGAUAUUUACAAGUAGAACCACGAGACAAAGGCUAUUUACAUGUAGAACCAAGAGACAAAGGCUAUUUACAUGUAGAACCAAGAGAUAAAGAUUAUUUUCAAGUAGAACAACGAGACAAAGGCUAUUUACAUGUAAAAUCCAGAGAUAAAGGAUCUUUACAAGUAGAACCAAGAGACAAAGGCUAUUUGCAAGUAGAACCAAUAGACAAAGGCUAUUUACAAGUAGAACCACGAGACAAAGGCUAUUUACAAGUAGAAACACGAGACAAAGGCUAUUUACACGUACAACCAAGAGACAAAGGCUAUUUACAUGCAGAACUCAGAGAUAAAGGAUAUUUACAAUUAGAACCAAGAGUUAAAAACUAUUUACAAGUAGAACCAAGAUUAUUUAAGAAUGAAAUAGCCAACGUCCAAGGAUUGUUAACCAACCUUUUCUCGAAUCUUUGCAAAUUUAUCAGUAAAAUCACAGAUCCAAUAUCUGCAGUACAAAAACAAAUUGUUAACGCAAUGAAGUCUACUUUGACGAAUUUGGGAAACGUUGUUCCAUUGAAAUUAUUCUCGUCAAUUAUGUCUUUCUCGAUCGAUACAAUAACAGAUGUUGAUCUUAUUGUUACCAAAUUUAUAAGUAAUUUUCCCAAGUAUGGUUGUUUACUAAGUGAGAAUAUUAGUAAAUUAGUCAAUGGUAUUUUAGAUCAUGUCAUAGAAAUAUAA